GCAAACGAACGAAAGACGAAGUAUUAUUGUCACACAACAACUUAUCAGCUGUCGUCCUUAUAUCAACAACAACAUUAUCAGCUGGGCGCAUCCGACCCUCGGGUGGUCGUCGCCCCCAAUACACGACAACAUCAACAAAAUACACUUGUUAAAAGAUGUCAGAAGGCCAUGUUCGUAUUCUUCGUACACCUGGUCACCAUGGAUAUGGUGUCAAAUUUUCCCCAUUUAAUCCCAAUCUUGUUGCUGUUGCAACAGGACAGAAUUUUGGAUUGUCAGGCAGAGGAAGGUUGAUCCUGUCAGAUCUUUGUCUUCCGGAUGACGGUGUGGUGAGCAGCUCCGAAUGGAGUGAUGCUUUGUUUGACCUGGCUUGGAGUGAGCAAUUACCCAAUAACAUCGUUAGUGCAUCAGGAGACGGCACAUUGCAGCUUUGGGAUACAGCCAAGCCACAGGCUCCUCUGAUGGUGUACCAAGAGCAUUUGAAGGAAGUUUAUAGUGUAGAUUGGAAUCAAACACAAGAGCAUCAGUUCAUCUCUGCUUCAUGGGACACAACAUUAAAACUGUGGGAUCCCAGUCAUGGCAGGUCUGUAGUGACAAUGACAGGUCAUGAAUCACUUGUGUAUCAAGCUGUUUGGUCUCCUCAUUUGUCUGGCUGUGUUGCAUCAGCUGCAGGUGAUGGAACAUUAAGAAUAUGGAACGUAAAAAGAAGCUCUCGGCCAUCAAUGACAAUACGUGUUUGUGAUGGCGAAGUUCUUAGCUGUGAUUGGUGCAAGUAUAAUGAAAAUAUUGUUGCCACAUCAACCACUGAUUCCAAUAUCUUUGGAUGGGAUCUGAGACAUCCUGGACAACCUAUCUAUAUUCUCCAUGGACAUGAAUAUCCAGUGCGCAGAGUGAAGUUUUCUCCCUUCGUCGAGACUCAGUUAGCUUCAGUUUCCUAUGAUUUCACUACAAGACUUUGGGACCACACAGUGCCCUCUCCCUGCUUGGAAGUGAUGAAGUAUCACACUGAGUUUGUGUAUGGCCUGGACUUCUCUAAUCAUAAACAGGGUGUAAUGGUAGACUGUGCAUGGGAUCAAACUGUUGCAAUAUAUCAAACAGGGAAGCCCCACCCCAGUGCACCUGAACUUUCAAAAUGAAGUUUUAAGCUUUGAAAUAAAGAUUUAAAUUAGAAUGGCCUACUUUACUUUUCUGAAAUGUUAUAUUGAUUACAGGUCUUGUUAUUUUUGUAAUUCAUCCUUCAUUCACUAAGAUAUGUACAAAUUCAACUAAAUGUGAUAACCACAUUAAUGUAUAUACUGUAUUAUGAUAAUCAUGUAUAAAGCUGUACAGAAAAAUUAUAGUAAAU